AUGGAGGACGGAAAGCCUGUGUGGGCGCCACACCCAACUGAUGGAUUUCAAUUGGGAAAUAUUGUGGAUAUUGGUCCAGAUUCUUUAACAAUUGAACCUUUUCAUCAAAAAGGAAAGUUCUCCUCUAAGGUGCUCACCAGCAAGCUACUGGAGGUCUUUGUAGACACCUCGACAUCUUGUAUCUCAGAUGGGGGUGUAAAGGUAGUUUACAGGGCCUGCAAGCUAGAGUUUGGACUCUCAGUUCAUCACUUCCAACAUAUCUGUGUGCCUACGCCCCCACUCUGCAGUCAUAGCUUGACUCACAGCAGAAGGAGCCUAUGGCUCCUCUGGCCUAAGUACCCACCCCCGCAACCUGGCAGUUUGGGGAAACCCUUGUAUCUUCCUUGUCGCAGCAGAGGAGACGAGCGGCUGCAGACUUUUUUGGCAGCUAUAAAUCAAGUGUUUCCGGCAGAAGAGGACACUACAAAACAUGUUGAAGAUAACUCUCUGUAUGUGUCAGACAUGUCAGACAUACUGAUGUCGGGUGAAGGUGUUGUGUGGUUACACCAGACUUGUGUGGCCAACAUUUUAAUUGCGAUAAAUCCAUAUUUUGAUGUACCAAAAAUUUAUUCUUCUGAUGUCAUUAAACAAUACAAGGGUAAAUCACUAGGAACGUUACCACCACAUGUCUAUGCAAUAGCCGAUAAGGCCUUCCGAGACAUGAAGGUUUUAAAGAUGAGCCAAUCAAUCAUCGUGUCUGGAGAAUCGGGAGCCGGCAAAACAGAAAAUACGAAGUUUGUUCUGAGGUACCUGACUGAAUCGUAUGGGUCUGGGCAAGAUAUCGAUGAGAGGAUUGUAGAAGCGAAUCCCUUGUUGGAGGCCUUUGGCAAUGCAAAAACUGUGCGGAAUAACAACAGCAGCCGUUUUGGAAAAUUUGUAGAAAUACACUUCAAUGAAAAGCAUUCUGUAGUAGGGGGAUUUGUAUCUCACUACCUCUUGGAGAAGUCCCGCAUAUGUGUGCAAGGACAAGAUGAAAGAAACUACCAUAUUUUCUACAGGUUGUGUGCCGGAGCACCAGAAGAAAUUCGCCAGAAACUUUUCUUGAAUUCCCCUGAUAAUUUUAGGUAUUUGAAUCGAGGCUGUACCAGGUAUUUUGCUUCCAAGGAGACUGAUAAACAGAUUUUACAAAACCGCAAGAGUCCUGAGGAAGAUGAGUACCUCAAACAUGGCUCCCUAAAGGAUCCCCUCUUAGAUGAUCAUGGAGAUUUCAAUCGAAUGGUCGUAGCUAUGAAAAAGAUUGGCUUGAAUGACACAGAGAAGCUUGAUCUUUUCCGAGUGGUUGCUGGCGUCCUGCACCUUGGAAAUAUUGAUUUUGAAGAAACUGGGAGCACCUCUGGUGGCUGCACUUUAAAGAACCAAUCUAGCAAGUCAUUAGGAUGCUGCUCAAAGCUGCUGGGUUUGGACGAAGAUGAUCUACGAGUCAGCCUCACCACGCGGGUCAUGCUUACAACAGCAGGGGGCACCAAAGGCACAGUUAUCAAGGUGCCUCUGAAAGUGGAGCAAGCAAAUAAUGCCCGGGAUGCGCUGGCAAAAGCGGUAUACAGCCGACUUUUUGAUCAUGUGGUUAACCGAGUAAACCAAUGUUUCCCAUUUGAGAGGUCUUCUUUCUUCAUUGGCGUUUUAGAUAUUGCUGGCUUUGAAUACUUUGAACACAACAGUUUUGAACAAUUCUGCAUUAACUACUGUAACGAGAAGCUGCAGCAAUUCUUCAAUGAAAGGAUCCUGAAAGAGGAACAAGAAUUAUACCAGCGAGAGGGUCUUGGUGUCAAUGAAGUGCACUAUGUGGAUAACCAGGACUGUAUAGAUCUUAUUGAAUCUAAAUUAGUUGGUAUCCUUGAUAUUCUGGAUGAGGAGAAUAGGUUGCCCCAGGCUAGUGACCAACAUUUCGCAUCUGUUGUUCACCAAAAACACAAGGACCACUUCCGACUUACUAUCCCCAGAAAAUCCAAACUCACUGUUCACCGAAAUGUGCGAGACGAUGAGGGCUUUAUCAUCCGACAUUUUGCAGGAGCCGUGUGCUAUGAAACCACUCAAUUUGUGGAAAAGAAUAAUGAUGCUCUGCAUAUGUCACUUGAGUCCCUCAUCUGUGAGUCCAAAGAUAAAUUUGUACGGGAUUUGUUUGAAUCAGCCAAUAAUAACAAGGAAUCCAAGCAGAAGACUGGGAAACUCGGCUUCAUCAGUGUGGGGAACAAGUUUAGGACCCAGUUAAAUCUUCUGCUUGAAAAGCUCCGCAGCACGGGAUCUAGCUUCAUCCGUUGCAUCAAGCCCAAUUUAAAAAUGACAAGUCAUCAGUUUGAAGGAGCACAAAUUCUGUCUCAGCUUCAGUGUUCAGGAAUGGUAUCUGUCCUGGAUCUCAUGCAGGGAGGCUUCCCAUCUCGAGCUUCAUUCCAUGAACUUUAUAACAUGUACAAAAAGUAUAUGCCUGCUAAGCUGUCUCGUCUGGACCCCAGACUUUUCUGCAAGGCUCUGUUCAAAGCCUUGGGCUUAAAUGAAAAUGAUUACAAAUUUGGGUUAACUAAGGUGUUUUUCAGGCCUGGCAAGUUUGCUGAGUUUGAUCAGAUUAUGAAGUCUGAUCCAGAACAUUUGGCGGAACUGAUAAAACGUGUCAAUCACUGGCUUAUCUGCAGUCGUUGGAAGAAGGUCCAGUGGUGUGCACUUUCAGUCAUAAAAUUGAAAAACAAGAUUAAGUACCGAGCUACUGCCUGCAUUAAAAUGCAAAAGACUAUUCGGAUGUGGCUCUGCAGAAAGAAACACAAACCACGAAUUGAUGGUAUGAUGAAGGUGAAGACACUCAAAACUAGGCUGGACAAAUUUAAUGAAGUAGUCAAUGCCCUGAAGGAAGGCAAACAAGAGAUGAGCAAACAAGUAAAGGACUUGGAGUUGUCCAUCGAUGCUCUUCUAUCUAAGAUAAAGAACACUAUAAUGUAUCGUGAUCAGAUAGAUAAAGAAUAUGAUGCACUUGUCAAGAGUUCAGGUCAGCUCCUUAAUGCUCUACAAAAGAGGAAGAAGGAGGAAGAGGAGGCUGAACGCUUGCGUCGCAUUCAUGAGGAGAUGGAAAGAGAGAGGAAGAGACUUGAAGCAGAGGAGGAACUCCGGAGAAAAGAGGAAAAUGAAAGGAGGCUAAAGGCUGAGAUUGAGGUAAAGCGAAAACAGGAAGAAGAAGGCCGGAAAAAGAGAGAAGAGGAGGAAAGAAGAAUUCAGGUCGAGGUGGAGAUGCAGAUGGUGAAAGAACGAGAGGAGCAGUCACAGCAGCAGACUAUACUUGAACAAGAGCGAAGAGAUCGGGAGCUUGCUAUGAGAAUUGCUCAGAGUGAGGCAGAGCUUAUCAAUGAGGAAUUUGGCACAGAUUCUGCAUUACGCAGCAUAAAAACAGACCUCAUUCAACCCUCUGCAGCUCAUGCCAAGACUGGUGGAGAAAAGAGCAACAUGACAAUGGACGAAAUGAUUAAGGAAAUGUCACAGAUACUGGCUAGGGGAGUGCAAGUUCAAGCCACAAAAUCUGCUGCUACCGUCAAAAAGCAUGACUUAAGUAAAUGGAAAUACGCGGAGCUGAGAGAUGCAAUCAAUACCUCAUGUGACAUCGAGCUGCUGGCAGCAUGCAGAGAGGAGUUUCACAGGCGGCUCAAAGUUUAUCAUGCCUGGAAAUCCAAGAACAAGAAGCGCAAUACAGAGACGGAACAACGAGCUCCAAAGUCGGUUACAGACUAUGAUUUUGCUCCAUUUAUGAACAGCAAACCCCAACAGAACCCAGUAGUACAGCUGCCUGCCAAGCAACAGGAGGUUGAAGUAAACAGACAACAGCGUUACUUCCGUAUUCCAUUUAUUCGUCCUGCUGACCAGUAUAAGGAUCCUCAGAACAAGAAGAAAGGCUGGUGGUAUGCACAUUUUGAUGGUCCAUGGAUUGCUCGUCAGAUGGAACUGCAUCCAGACAAACCUCCCAUCUUAUUGGUUGCAGGCAAAGAUGACAUGGAAAUGUGUGAACUAAACCUUGAAGAAACUGGAUUAACAAGAAAGCGAGGUGCAGAAAUUCUUCCCAGGCAAUUUGAAGAGAUUUGGGAGCGCUGCGGCGGGAUCCAGUACUUGAGUAAUGCUAUUGAAAGCAGACAAGCUCGGCCAACCUACGCCACAGCAAUGCUUCAGAACCUACUCAAGUAGCUGGCUAGUGAAUACACUGUUGCACUAAGAGAUUUAGUACAUAUGGGUUUAUGUAAAGGGAAGUAAACCUCUGCAAGGAGAACUAGACAUUCCAUAAUUAUAGAGAAGUUUUAAUAUAAAGCAGACAGGUUUUAUUAAUUGCAGAGAUUUCUUAAUUCAUAAUUUUUUGAUGUUUUGAUCUAGUAGCACAAUAGAGAUGUUGUCUGUGGCCCUAGUAGGCUAUUUUGUAGGGUUUUUUUUAUUUUAUUUAUCAUGCUUCUUGAGGCCUUACCUUUGAUAAGAUUUGUUUCUUCUGUAUCAACAUGAAGUUCUAUAGGGCAAUAUUUUCCAAGCAG